AUGGUCCUUCCUACCAUGCGGCUGUGGUCCGCUGCCUUGGCGCUGACCCUGUGGCCCGCCGCUGCUAUUGCCGAACCCUCGGCCGCCGACUACUAUGUUCGCGAUCUUCCCGGUGUCCCCGAGGAUGCGUCGCCCAUCAAGAUGCAUGCUGGCCACAUCGAGGUCAACCCUGAGCACCACGGAAAUCUCUUCUUCUGGCAUUUCCAGAAUGCCCACAUCGCCAACAGGCAGCGCACCGUCAUCUGGAUCAACGGCGGCCCCGGCUGCAGCUCCGAGGACGGCGCGCUCAUGGAGAUUGGCCCCUACCGAGUCAAGGAUAAGGACCACCUCGUGCUGAACAAUGGGUCGUGGAACGAGUUUGCCAACCUCCUCUUUGUCGACAACCCCGUCGGCACCGGCUUCAGCUACGUCGAUACCGAUAGUUACAUUCACGAGCUGGACACCAUGGCUGAGCACUUCCUCAUCUUCCUCGAAAAGUUCUUUGCCAUGUUCCCGCACUACGAGCUUGAUGACCUCUACAUUGCCGGAGAGUCCUACGCCGGCCAGCACAUCCCCUACAUCGCACGGGCGAUCCUGGACCGGAACAAGAAGGAGAAGGACAGGCAGUGGAACCUCAAGGGCCUGGUCAUCGGAAACGGCUGGAUCUCCCCCGACCACCAGUACGACGCCUAUCUCGACUACGGCUACGAAAAGGGCCUCCUGAAGAAGGGCUCCGACCUGGACAGGGACCUGCAGGCCGACCUGGUCAAGUGCAAGGAGCUGAUAGCCGGAGACCCGGGCCACGUCGACUACGGCAAGUGCGAGAAGAUCCUUAGCAAGAUGCUCUACGGGCUUCGCGAUGGCUCCGGCAACGAGGAGUGCAUCAACAUGUACGACAUCCGCCUCCGGGACUCGUACCCGACCUGCGGCAUGAGCUGGCCCCCGGACCUGGAGCACGUGGAGCCCUACCUCCAGAGGAGAGAGGUGACCGAGGCCCUCCACGUCAACCCCCAGCGUAACAUGGGCUGGACCGAGUGCAACGGCAACGUCGGCAACGCCUUCAACGCCAAGAACUCGCGACCCUCGUUCGAGCUCCUCCCCGGCCUGAUGGAGGAGCAGCUGCCCAUCCUCCUCUUCUCGGGAGCCGAGGACCUCAUCUGCAACCACCUCGGCACCGAGGCGCUGAUCAAUGACCUCGAGUGGAGCGGCGGCAAGGGAUUCGAGCUCAGCCCGGGUAACUGGGCACCCCGCCGGAACUGGACCUUCGAGGGCGAGUCGGCCGGAUUCUGGCAGGAGGCGCGCAACCUGACCUACGUGCUCUUCAACGACGCAUCCCACAUGGUGCCCUUUGACUGGCCCCGCCGCUCGCGCGACAUGCUCGACCGCUUCAUGAUGGUGGACGUCAGCAGCAUCGGCGGCGAACCCUCCGACAGUCACAUCGACGGUGAGAAGCUCCCCGAGACCGCCGUCGGCGAUAGCAAGGGAGAGGAUCACGACGACGGUGACCACGACGAGCACGACGAGCACGACGACGACGACGACGACGACGACGACGAGCACGACCACGCCAAGUGGGAAGCCUACAGGCGCUCCGGCAGCAUCGUCCUCGUCAUCGUCAUCGUCGCCACCAUAGCAUGGGGGUACUUUGUCUGGACGCAGCGACGCAGCAGCAGGGGCAGCAGCGGCGCCGGCGCUGCCUCGUACCACUCCCUCGGUGGAGCUACCGAGAUGAGAGGGAUCCGAAGGAAGCCUGGCGAGGGAGACCUUGAGGCCUCGGCCUUUGGCGAGAGCGAGGACAACCUGAACGCCCCGACGGGCAGCAGCAGAGGUGGUGGCGGCAAGUACACCAUCGGAGAUGAGAGUGAUGAUGACGAGAAGCCUCCCAAGGUGAAUAGCGGACCGGGAGUCUACGUCGUGAAAUGA